GUGUCUUCCCAACCCACUGCUGUCCACCGUGACCUCUUCCAAGACUGGCCCUGGCUGGCAGCACGGUAGCCCUUGUGGAGGCUGCCCUGGGCCCUGAGCUCGUUCAGUAGGCCCACAGGCUUGUGCUCCAGCCUUGGGAACCCCCUCCACCAUUCAAGAGGCUUGGCUGGUCCAGCAGCUGGUGUGGGUGCUGCCCACUCUCCUGCACCCUGCUACCUGCAGUAAACACGCGGUGCACCCUCUGCUUGUCUUUAGCCUCACACCUGCCCCAGGAGGUGGGGUUUCUCCAUUACUGAACAGACAGGGAAUCUCCCAAGGUCACACGGCAGAGUGAGCAGCUCGCAGUCUUCCCACAGUGUCUACAUUUUUCAGCUGCCAGGUGUGAAGUUCCAGGUGCAUGGCCGGGCCACUGCCAGACCCAACCCAGGCAGAAGUUUCUGGGCUCCUCCGCAUGGCAUAGCCUAACUGGCUGGCCCUCGACUCCCCUGUGGUAUUGUCCCCAGUGUUCUGACAGCUCCUGUUUCCCUCUCUCCCACUCUCUACUUCUGGACCCUUCCAGGGUGAGAUCUCAUUACCCAUGCUCCUUCUGGACCCUGCAAAGCCCUCCUGGUCACGUUCCACAAUGAAGGCCUGGCCCUGGGAAUCCCCUUGAGUGAGCCCUUUCUGACACCCAGCCGUGGGCACACACGGACCCCCGAGGGAGGGGAAGGGCAGAGUGACUGCUGCCCCCAGUCCUCUACCCUCCCUCUCCCAUUCCUGGGCCUCUCCCCAAACUACCUCUGGGCGUCCUCAGAACCCUUGCUGCUUUGAGAAUUCCAGGCUUCGUGGCCUCAUGACAACCCAAGUGAAACAAGAAGUUCCAGAAUGCAGGGUCCUGGGCCUCAGUCGGAGAGGCCUGGGGGGCCCAGGACCAGGGGCUCAGGCUGCAUAUAGGCUCAGGGCCUGCUGGCUGGGCUGGAGGGGGGCCCAGGACACAUCUCAGCAUGGGACUGGAGCUCUACCUGGACCUGCUGUCGGCGUCCUGCCGCGCCGUCUACAUCUUCGCCAGGAAGAACAGCAUCCCCUUCGAAUUCCAGUUUGUGGACCUGCUGAAAGGUCACCACCACAGCAAGGAAUACAUGGAAAUAAACCCCCUGAAGAAGCUGCCCGGCCUCAGAGAUGGAAAGUUUAUCUUAUCCGAAAGCGUGGCCAUCCUCCUCUACCUGUGCCGCAAGUACAGUACUCCCUCGCACUGGUACCCGCCAGACCUGCACACGCGAGCCCGGGUGGACGAGUUCAUGGCCUGGCAGCACACAGCCCUUCAGGUGCCCAUGAGCAAGAUCCUCUGGGUCAAGCUGCUGAUCCCGAAGAUCACAGGUGAGGAGGUUCCAGCUGAGAAGACACAGGAAAUGCUGGCGGAGGUAAAGAAAAACCUGCAGCUCUUCGAGGAGAAGUUUCUGCAGGACCAGAUGUUCAUCACUGGGAACACCAUCUCACUGGCGGACCUGGUGGCCCUGGUGGAGAUGAUGCAGCCCAUGGGGGGCGACCACAAUGUCUUCCUUAACAGCUCCAGGCUGGCCGAGUGGCGCAUGAGGGUGGAGCUCACCAUUGGCUCCAACCUCUUCUUGGAGGCCCAUAACCGGCUGGUGAAGCUGGGAGAGUGGGACUGUUCAACUUUGGACCCAACAGUCAAGGAGAGGAUCUGCGAGUUGCUGGAGAGGUUCAAGUAGAGCAGCUCAUCCUGCAGGGCCUGGUGGGCUUGGCCCUCCGGCGCUCUUUCCUGGGGAGAGAUGCUGAACACAACUCCGUGUCUCUGCCUAAUAAAGAACUGGACAACCACCAUGGCUGCUGAGCCUGCAACAGUCGGUGUGAGCGUAGGGUCUGAUGUGGGAGUGGGCAGCAGUGGGUCCUCCCAGCUCCCAAAAGAA